GGCCCAAUCCUGGAGUCGAAUGAAGGAGGGGGCGGGAACAAAUGGCUCAGGUAGACUUCUAGCUAGAGCUGUCUUGGGGUAGCGUCUUUGCUGUUGGUGCUGCUGCGCUGGGUUCCAGUCGCCAGGUUCCACUCAAUUGUGCACUUGGAAGGAUGUCAUCAAUAGCCUGGAAGGUAUCUCUUAGUAGGUGUAUCAUCACCUUUCAGCCACUUGUAUUACAAAGAAUGACAUGAGAAACCAGGAGAUAUGAAAAGGUGUUAAAGGACUGAUUGCAGCCAAGAGAAGAGUUCUGAUACAAGAAACCCUCUCAGAUUUGAGGAGAGUCAUGAGCCGUUUUCUGAAUGUGUUACGAAGCUGGCUGGUAAUGGUGUCCAUCAUAGCCAUGGGGAACACGCUGCAAAGCUUCCGAGACCACACCUUUCUCUAUGAAAAGCUCUACACCGGCAAGCCAGACCUGGUGAAUGGCCUCCAAGCUCGGACCUUUGGGAUCUGGACACUACUUUCAUCAGUGAUUCGCUGCCUCUGUGCCAUUGACAUCCACAACAAGACGCUCUACCACAUCACACUCUGGACCUUCCUCCUCGCCCUGGGGCAUUUCCUCUCCGAAUUGUUUGUCUAUGGGACUGCAGCUCCCACAGUCGGCGUCCUGGCACCCCUGAUGGUAGCAAGUUUCUCAAUCCUGGGUAUGCUAGUUGGCCUCCAGUACCUAGAAGUAGAACCAGUAUCCAGACAGAAGAAGAGAAACUGAGGCCAGCAUUACCACCUCCGAGACUUCGUCUUCCAUCUUUGCUGUCCUAUCCCUUCAUCCUCUCUGCGCUUUAAUUUCUUUUCCGCUCCAUCAUUAGCCACCUUAUCCACUACUUGCCUUUUACUUUUGGUUUUGGGUUUUUUUACAUUUAAAGUUUUUAAGAUAUAACAUACAUACAGGAAAGUAUAUAACAUGUAUGUAAAAUUUAAAGAAUUAUCUUAAAGUGACUACUCUGUCCCUCCAUCCAGAUCAAGAAAUUGUCAGCACCUCAGAAGCCCACUGUGUGCCCUUCCCCCACCUGCCCCCUCUUUUCCAGCCUUCUGCUUUUUCCUUUUACUUCCAUCCCUUGAUUUGACUUGUGUGAUGGGAACAUGUGGACUAUGAAACUUAAAACUGCUGCCUCACCCAGAGCAGCUGCCACCAAGGGCUGCUUCAAGGGGUUGUCCACCCGUGCUGGGCUCCUCUCUGCUACUGGACCCAAGACUCUGAGCCGCCCAAGGUACAGGCGAUUCUUCUAAGAAGGGCUCUCCUGUGAGUGAGCAUGGCUUAAUCCUUGUAUCUGCAGGUGGAUCAGGGUUGGAAGAGUCUGGGCUGUUUUUAGACCUUUUGGUCAGCUGUAUUUGCGUAAGAAAUUUUGUAAUAAAUUGAAAAACCUCUGCUCUGA